ACGAAUUACCAAAUUAUUUUGGACGAAAGGAAUUCCUAAAUACGUAUCAGUGAGGAAAGCUUAUUAAACAAUUUGCGAUUCGAAAAUACGUACUUACAACAAUUCCAAGAUAUGAUCACCCCACAGUUCGAAAGAUCAUCAUUUUGUGUUUUCAUCCAAGUGUGAUACAACGAGUUUACUGUUCUAUAUUUUCGAUUUGGAGAUAUUAUAAUGCCGCAGCUGAGCCUCUUCGUCCCUUUACUUCUGACCUGCAUUGUAACCAACACUCAGGCCCUAAACAAUUGCAAAUGUUGGAAGGAUUUCGAAGUGGUUACGAAUCCCUUCGGCGAUGUCUUCUGUCAGGACAAGAAGAACAGAACAUUCAACUGUAACGAGGAAGAGCCGCCUUUGUGCCUCUGUACGCAUAAAGGGAAAACUGUCAUUUUGGAUUUGGGGGAGUCCAACUGCCAGUCAAUAGAUCCCACCAGAGGCUCUUGGUGUGAAAACAGAGAGGAUUGGGUGGCAUAUUUCGAUCGACAUCCAGAGUUUCUGAUGCUCGAUUGAGUUUCGAAUAGAAUCAUGUUUGUGAUCUUGUAUUUUGUGAUUUAUUGGUGUAUUUUAUGUUAUUUGUAGAUUUAUGUUGUUUUUAUUCUGUUAAGUUUGAAUAUUUAUUGGAAUAAAUAAUGAAGAAUA